GCACUCAAACGACAGGCUCUGCUGAGCGCCCAGUUAGACCGGGUACACCCCAACGACGUAGAUGGCAUGGUGCACGCUACGCACCGGGUUUGCUCCAUGAUCGACUGCCCACGCCUACUUGGCAGCGGCGGGGGUCCCUGCGCGUACUGCAAGCUGCUCCUCUGCCCACAACACCGACCGCCGUACUCAGGCCAUGACUGUAAACUGGCUCCACCACCGCCGCCUGAACCGGAGCCUGUAAACGGCAAAGUUAGCAUGGCCUGCGGCGAGAACUACGAAGAGCGUAGGCUGGCUCUGCGCUCACGCCUUCGGGAUAAGUUAAAAACGCUGGCCGACAAGCGGCAACGGUAG